UUUAACAAUCAAACUCAAGUUCAACAACUACACCUUCCCUUACAACACAGACGACAAGUUCCAGACAAGAAAAAAAGUGGAUAAGAUAAAACCUUAACCACAUCAACUGGUGCUUUACGAAAUUACGAUGUCUCUCACCACGGCAGCUCUCACGCUGCCGCGAAUAUCACCAGUCAUAUGUUCUGCGGCACAUAAUCGGCAGACAGCUACCGUGAAAACAACUGACCAAAAGCCACCACAAAACUUAGGUUUCCGCGGCGGCAAGAAAAAGGAAUCGCCUUGGCAUUGUGUAGAAGGCUGUGGAGCUUGCUGUAAGCUUCAAAAAGGUCCUUCUUAUCCAUCUCCCGAAGAGAUUUUCACCAAUACUUCAGAUGUUGAGCUCUACAAUAGUUUAAUAGGACCCGAUGGAUGGUGUAUUCAUUAUGAAAAGAGUACUCGAAAAUGUUCCAUUUACUCUGAUCGUCCAUAUUUCUGUCGUGCGGAGCCUGAGGUGUUUAAAUCGUUAUUCGGAGUUAAAGAGAAGAAUUUCAACAAAGAGGCUUGCAGGUUAUAGUGUGCUCAAACUAGGUGACUAUAGUGUGCUCAAAGAAAAAAAUGAACUCAAACUAACUCAUAAUGCCAAUAAACUUUGAUGUCAUAUUAUAUUGUUUCUAAUGGAUUGUUGAGCAGAUUACUACAUCGGAGCCCUAUUUUGUAUAUACAAAUUUAUGAAUCGGGAUAGUUACAUGUCAAACCAGAAAAAUAAUUUUUGAUCUUUUCUUAUAAGCAAAACAUUACGGUUAACCCUAUUCUGUACAAAAGGUAUAUAUUGUUUACUAUCAUUAUAUCAACGAACUAUCAAGACCUAGAUCAUCCUCAAUGCCAUCUCCAUUUUCAAGUAAUUUCAGAAGAUGGUCAAGCAGAAUCAGAACAUGAAGUCAGAAGUAGAAGCACUGAAGUUCUUAUGGUAUCACGCUCAAGCUCUUCAAAGUCAGAAUACAAGAAGAUGCUCUGCACCAAGCUGUUGAUUAUGAUAUUCAAACAUUAUUAUUCACAAACAUGAGUCCAGAAGCAAGUACAAGAUGACAGGCUAUUAAGUCUAAUCUCUGACUGACAAAAGGAACGUUAGAAGCUACAAAAGGCAAAGUCAGUAAAAGCAGCAAAAGCAUGGCUCGAGGUAGUUGACAAAAGUGUGAAACAUUAAAUGCAAAGUUGUACUAUUCACGCAAAGCAUUAAAUACAACCCAACGGUCAUCUUCUCUCAAACGCCUACAUAUAGAAGUUCUGAUCAGAAGCAGAAAAGUGAAAUCUUGCGAAAAAUACAAAAACGCUGUCAAAUUCAAAGCUCACGAACUUCAUCUUCAACCUCACAAACUCUUGUAAUAUUUAGUGAGUGUUAAGCUUAGAACUUAAGAGAAAUAUCACUGUUGUGAUUAUAGCUUUAUAAGAAGCAAUCUAUACUCUUGUAAACAUUAUUUUACAUUGAUUGUAAAAGAUUCCUAGAGUGAUCAGUGUGAUCAGUAGACUCUAGAAGACUUAGAAGUUUUCUAAGUGGUGAUUUCCUAAAGUGAUCAAGUUGUGAUAUGUAUACUCUAGAAGACUUAGAAGUUUUCUAAGUGGAUAACCAUUGUAAUCAGUUGGUUUAGUGGAUUAAAUCCUCAGUUGAGGUAAAUCACUCUAAGGGGGUGGACUGGAGUAGUUUCGUUAAUAACGAACCAGGAUAAAAAU